AUGGCGACGACGGAAGCGGCCAAAGAUUCAGACCGCGACGAUACACGGGAAUUAACCAUUCCUGCAGACGAGGAGUAUGCCUCCUCAACAAACGAUGGGGUCCAACAGUUUGCAUACUCUGAAUCGAGAAAGAUCGGUGUCACGGGGGCGGUAUUUUUGAUUUUGAAUAAGAUGAUCGGGACUGGAGUUUUCUCGACGCCUUCGGCUAUCUUCGCGUCGACUGGCUCAGUUGGCAUCUCUAUCAUAUUAUGGAUCGUCGGUGGCAUUUUAACAUUCUGUGGCUUAAGCGUCUUUCUCGAAUUCGGUUUGGCUAUUCCGCUGUCCGGGGGCGAGAAGAACUAUCUUGAACGAGUCUAUCGUCACCCCCGCUACCUGGCUUCUUGUGUUCUAGCGGCGCAGAUGAUUCUUCUAGGGUUUUCAUCUGGGAAUUCGUUGGCUUUUGGCCGAUACGUCCUGGCUGCCUCCGGGAGCACGGAGGGGGAUGGUUGGACGGCCCGUGGAAUCGCGAUUGCGUGCAUCACCUUCGCUGUCGUGCUUCAUUCCACUCUCCCUAAGUGGGGUCUGAGAUUGAUAAAUAUCCUAGGCAUAUUUAAAGUCGUCAUCCUUGUUUUUAUCGUAUUUUCGGGCUUUGCCGCCAUCUCCGGUCGACUCCUUGUCCCGCCCCCGGGCAACUUCCACAAUGCCUUCGCCAUUGAGGUAACCGAGAAUUACGGUGGCCAGGGCGCCUAUGGUUACGCGACCGCGUUGUUGCAGAUCAUCUACAGCUACAAGGGUUGGGAGAAUGCCAAUUAUGUGCUUGGGGAGUUGAAGAACCCGCGCAAGACGCUCUCGAUCGCCGCUCCGAUUGCUAUCGGGGGCGUUACCGUAUUAUACGUUUUAGCUAACGUAGCUUACUUUGCUGCCAUAGACAAGGAUGAUCUCGCCAAGUCCGAGGUCCUGGUGGCUGGCUUGUUUUUCCGCAAUGUAUUCGGAGAUAGCGCGGCAGCACGAGCUCUCCCGGCUUUCGUCGCGUUGAGUAACUUGGGCAACGUCUUGGCUGUGAGCUUUGCGCAUUCAAGGCUCAACCAAGAAUUUGGAAAGGAGGCUCUUCUGCCCUACGGAAAGUUCUGGGCAUCUAUCAAGCCAUUUAAUGCACCGGCCGCUGCGCUCUUCCUACACUGGAUCGUCACGGUCGUCGUCCUUGUUGCACCUCCGGCCGGCCCCGCGUACAACUUCCUCGUCAAUUUAUAUACCUAUCCCGGUGCUUGGAUUAACGCAUUCGUCACUGGAGGACUGAUCUAUCUCCAUUACCAAAGAUCGGAAAACUGGUCAUCGCCGUGGCGCACGUACUUGCCUAUCAGCGUAUUAUAUUUACUAGCCAACGUCUUCCUCGCGAUUGUCCCGUUCGUCCCGCCGAAUGGAGACUGGAACGCCCAAGGCUACCCCUACUUUGUGUUCCCGGUUGUGGGAGUAGGCGUGUUGAUCCUUGGCGGCGUGUACUGGGCGUGCUGGUCUAAGCUUUGGCCAGCUAUCGGAGGUUACAAGAUCGAAGCCCACAGGAUUGUCGAAGACGACGGUAAAGAAACGGUUCGAUAUAAGAAGAUCAAGACGAGGUAG